UAUGGGUUCAUAUCGACGGCAGCGGACAGGCUUCAACUUCACACAGGGGUAUCACAGCAUUAAACGCAUCUGUCGCCUCAAAACCUUCAAGGACCUCUUUGGAGAAACAGGAUAACAGAGCAGCCAAUUCGGCUUUUAAUCAAUGGAGCUAUCUGUAAGAGCACGCGAGCCGUUUUAGGUUAAAGAUAGCAGUUUGUGUGGGCUGCCGUCGGCUUCGGUGUUGUGAAAGUGACUGCAUAGAUUAAACAAGACCUGCCGUGCUUCAACAACUGCGAGUGGAGAUAUCUCAAACCUCCUGCUACAUCUCACACAGAAGAGGCAUCCGGAUAAAGGUGGCCGGGCAGUUGACCUAACAAGUUUUGCCGAGGAUACUGGGAGGAACCAAUUCUUAAAAUGCCCGUGGCAACAUCCAGCUCUGACUCCGCCAUGCAUCAGGCCCUGGACACACUGAGUGACAGCACAAGCUCCACAACUGCCAAUGACCUGGACCUCAUCUUCCUUAAAGGCAUCAUGGAAAGCCCAGUGGCUCAUGAGCAGUUUGAGGAACCCAAACUGGAAGCUGUGAGGGAGAACAACGUGGAGCUGGUCCAGGACAUCCUCAAGGAGCUCAACCCAAUCACAAACAGGAGCCAGGCGGCCGACGAGCUGGUCCGCAUCCUGAAGGAGCCUCACUUCCAGUCUCUACUGGAGACCCAUGAUUCUGUGGCAUCCAAAAACUACGAGACACCUCCCCCGAGCCCCUGUUCCUUCAUGGACGCAGCUCUCAACAAUCAGCCCGUUCCCCCAGAUGCAGUCAGGAUGGUGGGCAUCCGCAAGGUGUCUGGCGAGCACCUGGGAGUGACGUUUCGAGUGGAGAGCGGUGAGCUUGUGAUCGCCAGGAUCCUCCAUGGCGGCAUGAUUGACCAGCAAGGUCUGCUCCAUGUGGGUGAUAUCAUCAAGGAGGUGAACGGCAAGGAGGUGGGCAACGACCCUAAAGUGCUGCAGGAGAUGCUGAAGGAGGCGAGUGGCAGUGUGGUGCUGAAGAUCCUGCCCAGCUACCAGGAGCCACACACACCAAGACAGGCCUUUGUAAAGUGUCACUUUGACUACGACCCAUCCCAUGAUAACCUGAUUCCCUGUAAGGAAGCAGGGCUUAGCUUCAACAGCGGAGACAUUCUGCAGAUUUUCAACCAGGAGGACCUCAAUUGGUGGCAGGCCUGUCACAUAGAAGGAGGCAGCGCAGGUCUAAUUCCAAGCCAGCUGCUUGAAGAGAAGAGGAAAGCGUUUGUGAAGAGAGAUCUGGAGCUCGCUACCACAGGUCCUCUAUGUGCCGGGAUGGGUGGUAAGAAAAAGAAAAAGAUGAUGUACUUGACCACCAAGAAUGCAGAAUUUGAUCGCCAUGAGUUGCGGAUAUAUGAAGAGGUUGCUAAGGUCCCGCCCUUCAGGAGAAAGACGCUUGUUCUGAUUGGUGCACAGGGCGUCGGCCGUCGCAGUCUGAAAAACAAGCUGCUGGUGUCAGAUCCCCAGCGGUAUGGAACCACCAUCCCCUUCACCUCCAGAAAACCAAAGGUGGAUGAGAGGGAUGGCCAGAUGUAUUCCUUCAUGACCCGCAGCGAAAUGGAGUGUGACAUCAAAAACGGUCGUUUCUUAGAACACGGCGAGUAUGACGGAAACCUGUAUGGCACUAAGAUCAACUCUAUACAUGAGGUGAUAGAAACAGGAAAGAUCUGCAUCCUGGACGUCAACCCACAGGCUCUUAAAGUCCUGCGGACGUCAGAGUUCCUGCCCUAUGUUGUGUUCAUCGAAGCCCCGGAUUUUGAGGUUCUCAAAGCUAUGAAUAGGUCAGCAAUUGAGUCAGGAGUGGUCACAAAACAGUUAACGGACUCUGAAUUAAAGAGGACGGUGGACGAGAGCGAGCGCAUUAAGCGAGCCUAUGGACAUUACUUUGACCUCUGCAUCAUAAACGACGGCCUGGAGGCGGCGUUCCGAAGUCUACGGUUGGCACUGGAGAAACUGUCAAUGGAGCAGCAGUGGGUUCCCGUCAGCUGGGUCUUCUGAGAAUCACCGAGAGCUCAGCAGCAAGGUGCCAGGGGCCACAGGUCGGAGAUACAAGCACAGGAGUAUGACAGCGAGACACACCACCAAGCCUGGGAAUCUAGGAGCACA